AUGGCCGCCUGCUUGAUCGGGCUGGUGCUGUGGGGGCUGGCGGCCGGGGACUUGGCGCGGGCCCACCGGCCGGACUUGCUGGUUUUCUCGGCGCCGGGCGCCGGCCUGGCCCACUUGGCCGUGCACCGGGAGACGGGGGUGGUCUUCCUGGGCGCUGUCGACCGGGUCUACAAGCUGUCGGCCAACCUCAGCCAGCUGCGGGUCCACGUGACAGGACCGGUGGAGGACAAUGCCCGCUGCUACCCACCGCCCAGCGUGCGAGCCUGCUCCCAGGGCCUGGCGCCGGCCGCCAACGUCAACAAGCUGCUGCUGAUCGACUACGUGGGCCAGCGCCUGGUGGCCUGCGGCAGCGCCUGGCAGGGGGUGUGCCAGCUGCUGCGGCUGGGCGACCUCUUCAAGCUGGGCGAGCCCCAGCACCGCAAGGAGCACUACCUCUCCAGCGUCAACGAGUCGGGGGCCACGGCCGGGGUGGUGGUCCCCAGCCCCGAGGCUCCCGGCGAGAGCAGCCUCUUCAUCGGCACCUCCAUCGCCGGCAAGUCCGAGUACUUCCCCACCCUCUCCAGCCGAAGGCUGACCCCGCAGGCCGAGGAUGCCCGCAUGUUCGGCCUGGUCUACCAGGACGAGUUCGUCUCGUCGCAGCUGAAGAUCCCAUCGGACACCCUUUCCCGCUUCCCGGCCUUCGACAUCUACUACAUCUACGCCUUCGCCAGCCAGCGCUUUGUCUACUUCGUCACCCUCCAGCUUGACACCGAGCUGACCUGGCCGGAGGCCGCCGGCGAGGCCUUCUACACCUCCAAGAUCGUCCGGCUCUGCGCCGGGGAUGCCAAGUUCUACUCCUACGUGGAGUUCCCCAUCGGCUGCACCCGAGACGGGGUGGAGUACCGCCUGGUCCAAGCUGCUCACCUGUCCAAGCCGGGCCGCAGCCUGGCCCGCUCUCUGGGCGUCUCCGAGGAGGAGGACAUCCUCUUCGCCGUCUUCUCGCGGGGCCAGAAGCACCGGGCCGACCCGCCGGGCGAGUCCCUCCUCUGCCUCUUCACCUUGGGAGCCAUCAAGGAGCGCAUCAAGGCCCGCAUCCAGUCCUGCUACCGGGGCAACGGCAAGCUCUCACUGCCCUGGCUCCUCAACAAGGAGCUCGUCUGCAUCAACUCGCCUCUCAGGAUUGAGGACGAUUUCUGUGGGCAGGAUUUCAACCAGCCGCUGGGGGGCACCCAGCCGGUGGAGGGUAUCCCACUGUUCCAGGACAAGACCGACAGGAUGACAGCCGUGGCCACGUACAAUUACAAUGAGCACACGGUGGUGUUCAUCGGAACAAAGGCUGGUUACCUCAAGAAGAUCCGAGUUGACGCUGUGCCACGGCCUUCCCACAAUGCCGUGCUCUACGAGGUGGUGACGGCCAUGGAGGGGAGCCCGAUUCUCCGCGACAUGUCCUUCAGCCCCGACUUCCAGUACAUCUACCUACUGACUGAACACAAGGUGGGACGCAUCCCGGUGGAGAGUUGCGAACAGUAUGGGACCUGCCCCAAGUGUCUCAGCUCCGGAGACCCUCACUGUGGCUGGUGCGUCCUGGACAACAGGUGCACCCAGAGGAGCGAGUGCCACCGAGCUGACGAGCCCCAGCGUUUCGCCACCGAGUCCAACCGCUGCGUCCAGCUCACCGUGCGGCCAAACAACCUCUCCGUCAUGAUGCCCGACGUUCCGCUGAUUCUGCGUGCGAGGAAUGUUCCGGAUCUUUCGGGAGGUGUGAGCUGUUCUUUUGAAGAUAUCUCAGAGAGUGAUGGGGUGAUCGAGGGAAAUGAAAUACACUGUGUUUCACCAUCACUGAAGAAGAUCCCACUUAUCACCAAUGGAUAUGGGGACAAACAUGUUAUCAAACUCCACUUGAAAUCAAAGGAGACAAACAAGCUCUUUGCCGUCACCUACUUCGUCUUCUACAACUGCAGUGUCCAUCAGCUAUGUCUGUCCUGUGUCGGAGGACCCUACCCCUGUCACUGGUGCAAAUACCGCCAUGUGUGCACGCACGAUGCAGGGGAUUGCUCCUUCCAGGAGGGCCGAGUGAACAUGACUGAG